AUGGCUGUGGUUUAUCGGCACCCACCUCCACUACAUCCACUAAUUCCUAAGUACCUCGAGGCCAUCGAAUCUCCGGAUGAUACUAAGGGCUCCCUGACCUUUGGCGUUGAAUUGGAAUUCCUGGUUCCUUUCUCGAGAAAAGACAUCGAUGACCCUUUUCCAGAUGAGAAGCGCCCUCUAUUCGGAUACCGCGAUAUCCUCAAGGCAGACAUCACUAUUCUUGAUGCUAUCACAAACCACUGCGACAUUGAGUUCCGCACUGACCUGGAAGAUGAAUUCCAUCCCCCGUAUAGAAAUAUCAUUCGCUAUGAUGAGUGGCGUAUUCUAAGGGACCUUUCAGUUAAAUUCCGAAAGGAGGAAUGCUACCACUACCGCUGGGUGGGACGAGAGAUUACCUCCGAGGUCCUAAAGUCUGACGAUCCUGAGGUCUAUACCGAGAAAAUCACAAAGGUUUGCCGUGCCAUGCGACAACUCCGAGUCCACUUGAACGAUACAACUGCGGUCCAUGUACAUGUCGGACUUGGAGACGAACCCUUUAGUCUCCUCACGAUAAAGAAAGUCAUCACGCUAAUUCUAUUCGUGGAUGAUAUGUUGAUGGGACUUCAUCAUCCUGCUCGUCGCACCAGCGCUCACUGUCGUCUGGUUUCUCGUUGUUCUACAAUCGGUAGAUUGGAACAUAGCCAGAGGAAGACGUACGACAGCUUAAUUACGAGAUCUUUAGAACACGGAAUGGCCGAAUUCAUUCCAGACGUCGCUGAUGCAAACCAACUUCUUCAGGCAACUGACAGUAUCGUGGAGUUGGCUCGUAUGAUGGAUGACCCAUUGCAUUUCUGUUACUACAGAGGUUCAAUCUCAUUCGCGAAAUUUCUGCCCGUGGAUGAAGUAGGAGGCAACACGCAGACUAUCGAGUUCCGACAGAUGGCAGGUUGUCUAGACCCUGACCAGAUAAUUCACUGGGUGAAAGUUUGCAUAGGCAUCGUUGAUUUCGCCAGGCUUUCUAAUGGUGGACAAUACAAGGGCUUAAUUGGAAAAUUGAUGGCAAAGGAAUCCACCUUCUCGGUAUUCGAUUUUCUCUCGGAACUUGGCUUGGUUGAGGAAGAGAAGCACUUCAGGGCCAAGGUGGAAGGAUAUAAGUCCAACCCGGACUUCUAUCCGGGGGAGAGCUCUGGAAGCAUGUUUGUUCCUGAGCUUGACUAG